AUGCCGCAGCAGUCCGAAGCAAAACAUCUCGUCCACCUGACCGCAGUCCCCGCCGGCUGGCCCCUCGCGACCGUCAUCGACGCCUUCCUUCAACUGGCUGCUUAUCAUCCAAGUCGUGCUCAUGCAAGUUAUGCGGCGAGCCGAGCUCCCGAGGUGGUGAGUGCUCGGCUCGUGGAGCUCUGGACCUCGCAGCCGGCGGAGGCCGAGGCCUGGCUCCAGCGGUGCCGGGAGCACUUCGCGAAAGAGCUCGCAGGCAAGGAGACGAGGCCGGAGCUCCUCAGCGAGGCGCUGCUCCGGCACGGCGCGGCCGAGUACGGCAAGUACGGGUGGUGCUGGAGCUUCUCCGAGGCCGGGCUCCUGCGAGGAGAGCCGCUUGGCUCAGCAGCGGAGCGGGAGAGCUGGGCGGCGGGGUACCUGCAGCAGCCCCCCAUCCCCGCUCGCUGCCGGGAGCUCGCGGAGAGGCUCGCGGAGGCCGAGAGCCUGGAGACGGCGCGGAAGCGGCAGAAGCUCGAGGAGGAGACCGCCGAGCGCCGGCGCCUCGAAGCGGAGCUCCAGAAAUCGCAGGAGGAGGGCCGAGAGUUACGCAAUCGCCUGGCCGCGGCCGAGGCGCAGGUUUCCAGUAAGGAUGCGGAGCUCCAAACUGCGCAGAGCGAGAGCGCCAAGUGCACGGAAACGUGUAAUGAGUUUGUGGCCCGCGCUGCUGCUGCGGAGUCAGCAGCGGCAGAGUUCCAGGAGCGCUGCGAAGAGUUUGCGACACGCAUGCAGGCAUCGGAGGCAGAAGCUUCCGAGCAUGCGAAGACCAAGGAGCGUCUGGCGCAGGCCGAGGCCGAUGAGAAUCUCAGCUUGAAGGAUGGCUCCCAGCGGUCUGAGACGGGGCAAAGCACCGAACUGCAGGUCGAGAAGGCAGUCUUGCAGGACCGGUGUGAGCAGCUCCAGCAGCAGCUUGCCGAAGCACGUGGUCAGCUGGAGGUUCUGUGGGAAGAGAGGGGCAGGUACCAGGAGCGCCUUCGCCAGCUUGCAGAGAUGAACAGGAAGCAAGAGUCCCAUCAUCAUCGUCAUCCCACCUUCAAUCCUCCGGGCGCAGCUCCCAGCAAAGCAGCCUUCGGUGAGGAGGAGUCGGAUCUUGCUGAGCAAUUGGGGUACAGCCUCGUGGAUGAAGACCUUGCCUCCGUCCUGAGUGGGUCCUCCGGUUGUUCCGUGCAGCAGAACUGCUUCAUGCUGGAUGCCAUCUUCAACUGCCGGAUGGACGUCUUGCGGGAGGGGAGGGACCUCCAGAUUGGGUCGCAGGUCCUGGCUGGCGAUGGCAAGACAGUUGUGGAGGUGGUCGAGAUCAAAGAAGCGCGAGCUACGGAAGUGGUCGACCUGAAGGCGGCUGGUGCAACACUGCGGGUGACCCCGGACCAUCCCGUGCAGAUCCCCGAUGCAGGUGCCAAGGCGGGACGCCAUCUUUACCUGCCGGCGGGCAAGCUGAAGGUGGGGGACUUCGUGAUGAAUAAUUCGGGAGAGCCGGUUGCGCUCACCACUGCACAAACCCUUCCCACGGAGUGCAAUGUGCUGAAGAUCGUCUUCAAGCCGGACCUGCCUGUGGCCGUCUUCCCCAACCCUUCGUCCUGCAUCCUCAGCAAGGGACACAAGAAGUCACAGAAUCGCCGCAGCGUCCGUGGAAGAGGCCAGGAGGCGGCCGAUCCGAUGGAUGAAGGGGCUUCCAUUCCGGACACCGCGGCCGGUGAGUACACGGACUAA